GAUUAGGGAUUAAGCGCCGUCUUUGCUUGUUCAGUGCAUUGGCCCAGCGCGUAGUCGAGGUAGCCGGAUUGACGUGGAUACGCGUGAUGCGAUGGCAAUGUGGAGGCGACGACGGCGUGGAUUGGGCGUGAGGGUACAUUUGUCUUCAUCUUGUCUCCAACGCUGGACGCGUGCGUUUUCUGCAUGGCUCACCUCAAUCUGGCAAACUGGGCUGCCCCACUUGCACUUAUGCUUUGAGCCGUGCGCACCCCGCCAACGUCAGGCACUACUUUACGGACUUAGCUAUGCGACAUCCAUGUGCAAGCCUUUUGGGGCAGAAUGAUCGUGGAGAACAAAGACU